AUGAAGCUAUUCUAUUGGGCUAUCCCCGUUAUUCUCUUCUAUGCCUUUGACCAUCUCUUCUAUACCUGGCUUCCAAGUAACUACAAGUUUGAUAAACAAGUACUUCAAACAUUGGCUAAAGAGCUGAUCAACGCUUUCCCCAACAAUGCUACUGCCAUUAUGAUAGACUUGGCUCCUAAGAUCCUGAAAGCAUAUCCUGGCCUUGUCAACGAGUUGAACUUUGACGAAUGGGUGUUCAAUGUCGCUGGAGGUGCCAUGGGAACAAUGUUCAUCUUGCAUGCCUCCAUUAGUGAAUACUUGAUCUUUUUUGGUUCUGCAACCGGUACUGAAGGUCACACUGGUUUACAUUUUGCUGAUGACUACUUCACUAUUUUAACCGGUCAACAGCUUGCUGCUGUUCCUGGAGCCUUGACUCCAGAAGUUUACUUGCCUGGUGAUCAACAUUGGAUGAAGAAAGGUCAAGCCAAACAAUAUCUGAUUCCUAGUGGAGGCUUUUCAUUAGAAUUGGCUCAAGGUUGGAUUCCUGCUAUGUUACCCUUUGGAUUCCUACAAUUCUUGACCAGUACUUUAGACUUCCCUUCGAUGGUUGAAACUACCUACUACACAGGUAGAGAUAUGGUCAAGCAUUUAUUAAGAGUCUUGUACUCCAAUAGGCAAAUAUCCCCUUGUGCUGGGAUUCAUUUCCCAGAUAAGACACGUUUUGAGAUCACCGAUAAGCCCUCAUCACGGACUGCGUAUAACUAA